CUUCAGUAUGUCCUAUCCACCGUCCACCAUCAUCGAGCCUCAGCCCAAUGGCCCCCACACGCACACAAUAAUUCUCCUGCACGGACGUAGCAGCACAGCUAAGGAGUUUGCCUCCGACCUUCUCUCACUCAAAACGUCUGCUUCACCUCAAAAUCUGACGUCUAGCUUUCCCACUUUCCGCUGGGUAUUUCCCGACGCUGGCCAACGAUGGUGCACACCUUUCAAGGAGAAACGGUCGGCCUGGUGCGACACCUUUUCUCUGGAUGACCUGAGCGAGAGGAAAGAUCUCAACGUCGCAGGUUUGAGAGAUGGAAUACAUUUCAUCAAGGACAUUAUUGAAGAUGAAGCAAAUCGGCUGGGCGGAAGGUCUGAUCGAAUCAUUCUCGGCGGUUUCUCUCAAGGAGCGGCAACCGCGUUGUGGUCUUUAUUUACGGGCGCAGCAAUAGCACAAGGGACCUUGGGAGGAUUCAUAGGAUUGAGUGGAUGGAUGCCCUUCACAGCUGAGGCGAAACAAGCAGCAGACACCACUGGGACGUCCACUAAACGCCUGGCACCAGCGAUCCAAACCCUUAGCCACGUUUUCCUCGAUAUCCUUGGGCUUGAACCUUUCGUCUCCACGGAAACGAUCGACAAGUGUGUGCGGAAGAUGCCCAUUUACUUAGGCCAUGGCACCGAUGACAUUCCAGUCAAUAUCAGGAACUGCCAUGACCUUUCAGCAAUUUUCCGAGCUCUUGAAGCAAAAAUCGAAGUGCAUGAGUACAUGGGAGCGGAGAGGAAUGGCCAUUGGAUCAAGGAACCUGAACAGCUAGACGAUAUAGUCUUGUUUGUCAGGAAGUUUGGCGUGGAUUAACUGUCUUAUGUAACCUCUCUUUCGGUGAGUGUGAUGCAGAUAUCUAGAAU